CAAAUAAUCACAGAAUGUGAUGAGUCAUGUUUUAGUUGUAUUUCUGGGUGUGACUUCAUUCCUGGGAAACAAACGCCAAGCACAAGACUCUACACAUGCCACACAUCAGACUUUGUCUUCAAAGUAACGUCAAGAACAAAACUAACUCAUAUUUAGAGAACUACUGAGUGGAGGAAACAGCUGAAUGAUGAGUGCUGCUCAGAGUCAAACAACACUGGAGUCCAAACUGGAGGCCCUGCAGUGCCACUUCACCUGGGAUCAGGAGAUGAGCAAGUCCCUAAUUUUACGUCGCAAGGACAACGUGGAUGACAUCGGCACCGAGGAGGGAAACAGCUGGCUGGGUCACAUUUACAACCUGCGGGGGUUCAUUCAGUACAAGCUGGGGUUCACCAAAGACGCCCAGAGUUUCUUCAACAAGGCUGCAGAGGCCUUCAGGAAGAUAAGAAACGCAGAUGAGGGUCCCUGGUUGGUGGUGAACUACGGGAACCUGGCGUGGCUGCACCACCACCUGGGAGACCAAGCAGAGAGUCAGGCUUACCUGUCAAAGGUCGACGCCCUGAUGAAUAAAUACCCAUCUCCAUCCCAGGAUGAGCUCCAUCCAGAGAUCUACGCUGAGAAAGCCUGGACCCUGAUGAAGUUCAGCCCUGACAAAACGCUGGCUGCAGAUUACAUCCAGAGAGCCAUCAGGAUGCAGCCGGGCAUGGUGGAGUGGAACAGCAGCUACAUCUUAGCCCUACGGUAUGCUUCUAAUCACAGCGACACAGGGCUGGAGGCUGACCUUCUGGAGAAAGUGAGACUCGCCAUGGAACAGGAUCCAGAGAACUUGCACCUCGCUGUUCUCUACUUAAAUCAACGUGCUAAGAGAGGAGAAAAAAUUGAAGAAGAAGCACGUGAGUUAGCUAGAAAGGUUUUGAGAAAUCCUGUGAGCAGCCACAGUGGUAUUAAACUAUUGCUCAAGGUUUACAAUUACCAUGUAUCUAUUGAUGAAGCCAUUGAUUUGGUAGAGGAGGCUCUGGAAACCCAUCCAGAUGAGCGUUACCUAAAAAAAUGUGCUACACUCUGCUACAAAUUGAAGCUCACUUAUUUCAGGGACAGUCACCCAGAGCAAAGCAUGAUAGACAGAGCAAUCAGUCUCCUUAAAGAUGUGAUUGCUCUUUACCCUCAUUCUUCACUUGUCAAGAAAAUAGACCUUGCAAAUGUAUACGCAAAGUCAAAAUAUGGCCAGGAUAAAGCUGAGCACAUAUACCAGGAACUGCUCAAAAGUGAUCUGGAACCUGCAGACAAACAGGUGCUCUACAACUACUACGCAAAAUAUUCAAACUUUGAGCUGAAGGAUCGCAACAUGUCAAUACGAUAUCACAUGAUGGCAGCAAAGAUACCGCAUCAGUCCUUCUUUCGUGGGAACAGCAUCACAAUUCUGGAAAGAAUUAAAGACAGAGGCAGGAACCGAAAGUGUAGAGAAAUAGAGGAGUUUCUGGAAAACCUGCAAGAGCCACAGUGAUUUUAACAGCACUGGUUCUAAAUCCAGG